AUGGACUACGUAGAGCAGCCAAAUAGUAAUCUGAUCUGCUGCAUCUGCCAUGCCCCAUUCACAAAUCCUACGACCGCCCGGACAUGCUUGCACACAUUCUGCCAUGACUGUAUCGCAGUAGCCGUACAACACUCCCCACAAUGUCCCAUCGACCGCUCCUCGCUUUCACUUGACGAUCUAUUGCCAGCGAAUCCAAUCGUGAAACAUCUCGUGGAUGAACUCAUCAUCGAAUGCCCCAACCGAGUAUCUGGAUGCACGCAGACAUUCCAAAGACAAUUACUAUCCGCCCACGUCAAGGACACGUGCCAAUACGUUGAGAUCCCGUGUUCGGAAGAGCAAUGCGACAAGCUCAUCCUUCGGAAAGAUACUCACAAUUCGGAGUGUCCUUCCAAGUCUGCAACGUGUAGUUUCUGCUUCGAAGAGUUCCCGAGGUCACAGUCACAAGCGCACGCUACUAUCUGUCUCGACUAUGAAAUUCCAUGCACGCAGGCUAACAAUGGCUGUUCCUGGACUGGUCCCCGGCGUCAGUUCUCUGACGAACACGUUCUCUCUUGCCCAUACGAAGCCAUCAAAGGAUUUUUCUCCAUCAACAACGCUCAACUAUCAUCACUAAACACGGAAAACGCCGCUCUCAGACAAAAAGUUUACACACUCGAAUCCGUGGUCCAGACAAUGCGAAGAGACAUCCAAACCUUCAGGAACGUGCUCGGUCCAUGGUACCGGUUACACACCCAAGACCAAACCCCACUAAUCGUUUCCCCAUCCAUCAACGCCUUCGAUCACCUCUUCUCGGCACCGCCCGGUCCUUCUCCUUCCUCCUCCAGAACCACUAUCAAUCAAACCCAACCGUCUUCCUCCGCAGAUCACGGAGAACUGACGUCUCAUAACGAAAUCGACGCACUCGCACCCUACUUCCCACUCCCACACGAGCACGCAUUCCAAGAAUCCCAUACUUAUCCCCGAUCACGUCGAUCGUUCAACGGGAUCGUAGAUCCACACUUGUCUCAACGCACACUGCCAUUAACGCCCGUCGCGCCUCUUAAUCUCAGUACCUCCCUCGAGGGCUCGCUAAGUGGCUUACGCGAGUCCAUAGCCGCAGUAUCCGCAUCCGUUGAUUCCCUAGCGCGUCGAAAUGACAUCGCGCUUACAAAUGAGAGCAUGCGUCUGAAUGAAGAACUCGGCUCCCUCAAAUACGCCGUUCACGGCAUACGACUGCAACUUCACCGUUUGAUGAUGGACAGGAAUGCACAGGUGACAGGGAGAGGUGGAGAACCGCCUUUAAGCCUACCCGGCAAUCAGACUAUUUUUCACCCUCCGAUAUCAAUGAUGGCACCUACGUUCCCUGGAACGCCUGGGACGAAGCUCUGA